GGCGUGGUGGAGUUCUCCCUGUGCCUGCUCUUUGCCAAGCUGGUGAGCUACACCUUCCUCUACUGGCUGCCCCUCUACAUCGUGAACGUCGGGGGGGGGGGGAUCUUCGCUGGCCUCAUCUCCGACUCCUCCGGCGGCAGAGCCACCACGUGCUGCGCGAUGCUGGUCGUCGCCGCUCCCAUGCUGUUCCUGUAUAACCACAUCGGCCAGAACGGCAUCGGCGUGUCGAUAGCGAUGCUGAUUGUUUGCGGCGCUCUGGUCAACGGCCCCUACGCCCUCAUCACAACAGCGGUUUCGGCAGAUUUGGGCACCCAUGAAUCUCUCAAAGGCAACGCCAAAGCCCUUUCUACCGUCACGGCCAUCAUCGACGGCACCGGAUCCAUAGGUGCCGCGCUGGGGCCGCUGCUUGCAGGGCUCAUCUCGCCCACGGGUUGGAAUAACGUCUUCUACAUGUUGAUAGCGGCCGACGUCUUGGCUUGCCUGCUCCUCUCUCGCGUGGUGGCCAAAGAGAUCCGCGGGUGGUGCGGCUGCAUGGCCAGGAAGAGAGG